AUGGCAGGGUCUCAGAGGCUGAAGCCUGGUGCCAAAAAGUCUUCCAAUUACCAGCACUUACUUUCCCCGGCGGCAGUUUUGCUUCCAGCUGUGAGGGGGCUUAGGAGAACUUGCGGGAGAGAAUCGUACACCUGCGAGUCUCAGGGCCUCGGCCUCCCCACCGCCCCCAUCUGGCAGUGUCCCCACCCCGCGUCCCCGCCCCGCCUCCACCGGGGGGGUCACCAGCAGGCCCCAGCCAGCCUGGACACAGAUGUUCAGCACUGGGAGGAAUGCUGGUGGCACCUCACAUCUCUCUGUCCAUCACCCAGGAUGGAUGCAGGCUGUGGCCUCAACCCAGACUGUGGGCUCACCCCUGGCUGUGGCCUCACCCCAGGCCGGCCGCUGGUCCUGCUGUUCCCCAUCCAGGAACCAGCCCAGCCCGGACGCUUCUCCGUGUCCCUUAGCGGGGAGCUGACCAUCAGGGACGUUCGCAGCGAGGACGCCGGCUACUACAUCUGCCAGGCCAUCAGUGUGGCAGGCAGUAUCCUCACCAAGGCCCUGCUGGAGGUGGAGAGCGGUGAGACACCUACACUACAUCACCCUCUCACCAAGGCCCUGCUGGAGGUGGAGAGCGCACCCUCAGAUCGCGUCCCGCCCAUCAUCCGACAAGGCCCGGCCAAUCAAACUCUGGCUCCGGGAUCCACCGGCCAAUUGCAUUGCCACGUGAUGGGCAACCCCCUACCCAGCGUCCAAUGGGAGAAGGACGGGCAAAGGAUCCUGGGAGAUGACGAACGUAUCAGCCUGAUGGAGAAUGGAACCUUCCAGAUCACCAACCUCCAGGAAACAGACUCCGGGCUGUACACCUGCCUGGCCUCCAGUUCCAGCGGAGAGUCCAGCUGGAGCAGCGCGCUCACCGUCAGAGAGAGUACGGGCGCGUCGGUCGCCCCGGCCAGCGAGCCCUUCCAGCUACCGGGCCCGCCCCACAAGCCGGUGGUCACAGACGUGACGAAGAACAGCGUGACGCUCACUUGGCAGCCCAACGCACACGAGGGCGGAGCCGCCGUGACCUCCUACAUCAUCGAGGCCUUCAGCCAAUCAGCAGGCAGCACGUGGCAGACGGUGGGGGAGCAGGUGAAGCAGGAGAAGCACACCGUCAGCGGGCUGUUCCCCAACACUGUGUACCUGUUCAUCGUCAGGGCGAUCAACGCGUACGGGCUGAGCGACCCCAGCCCCAUCUCUGAGCCCGUCCGCACACAAGAUGUGAGCCCCACGGGGCAGGGUGUGGACCACCGGCAGGUGCAGAGGGACCUGGGGGAAGUGGCUGUCCAGCUCCUGGAGCCUGUGAUGCUGACGCCUGCUAGCGUGCACGUCACCUGGACGGUGGACCGCCCGUCUCAGUACCUGCAGGGGUACCGGCUGCUGUACCGGGCGGGGGGUGGGACAUGGCAGCUCCAGGAUGUCAAGUCUCCGUCAGAGCGCAGUGCCGUCAUCUCAGACCUGCUGAGGGGGACCGAGUACCACAUCAAGAUACGGCCGUACUUUGACGAGUUCCAGGGCAAGGACAGCAGACUGCUGCUGGUCCGCACCCCGGAGGAAGCAGUACCCAGUUCCCCUCCCAGAGCCGUCACCGUGGCAACCGUCAAGAUCAGCAACGUGUCCAGCAUCAGCGUGUCGUGGGAACCUCCGCUGACGACCUCACAGGAGGGAGCCGUCCUGGAGUACAGGGUGUGGUGUGUGGGCGUCGCCAGCGACAACCAGACCCGUUACCACAUCAACCGUACGGUGGAGGGCAGCGUGGCGUCCACGGUGCUGCAGGGCCUGCUGCCGGGGGUGCUGUACCAGGUGGAGGUGGCAGCUGUCACCAGCGCUGGCAUGGGCACACACAGCCCUGCAGUGUCCGUCCUCAUCAAGCUUCCAGCAGAGCAGCCCCAGGCGUCGGGGGAGGAGGGGGGGGGAGGAGGGGGAGAUGAGAGUGUGAGUCUUUCUGAGCAGAUCACAGAUGUGGUGAAGCAGCCUGCGUUCAUCGCGGGGAUCGGGGGAGCGUGCUGGGCCAUCCUGAUGGGCUUCAGCGUGUGGAUCUACUGCCGCCGCAAGAAGAGGAAGGAGCUCAGUCACUACACAGCCUCCUUCAAUUACACCCCCGCAGUUGGUUUUCCACAUGUAGAGACAUCCGGACUUAAUGGAAGGCCGGGUGUGUUGGGCGGCUCCAUGGGGAACUACCCCUGGCUGGCCGACUCCUGGCCCACCACCAACCUGGUGCAUUCUGGGAAGGAGACCAGCUGCUGCACGGCCAAGCACGAGACGGCAGAGAGAUACUACAACGAGGUGGGCAUCUCUAACUACCUGAGCCAGACUGAGAGGUUCAGCACAGGGGAGUCUGCAGAAGGCCCCAUCUACAGCACCAUCGACCCCACCAGCUUCACCUGCCCCUACUCCCCUCACACCACCCCCUACGCCAGCACCCCUGUCCUGCCCCCCACCCCCCAGGACCCCCACAGCCCCGACCAGGAGGGGGGCCACUGGCCCACCCAGCCAGGGCCCUCGGGGGCCCAGUACGCCCUGCCGGAGCGAUGCCGACCAGAGAGCGCAGGCAGGGCCAAGCAGAAGUCUCUGGGCCUGGCUGUGAAGACGCCCUCUCUGAGCUGGACUGAAGCUCCACUGCCCUCCCCCAAGGAGCACCCUAACCUGCAGGAGGAGGAGGACAUGGAGCUGGGGUCUGAUGAGGGGGAGUGGUGCCCCCCCCUCCCUGAGAGGACCUACCUGCUGGAAGGCUGUGAGGACUCCUCUCUGCCCAGGGGGGCCCCCUCAUCCCCCGCCCCCUCCUACAGCCUCCAGUCCACCGCCUCGCUCACGCCUUCCCCCCGCGACCAGCCCCACCUCCCCCACGACCCUCCCCAGGAACCCCCCCACCUCUCCAGGAGGUUGCCGUGUGGCCCGGUUGCCGUACCACGGGCCCCCAGCCCCCCCCUCUCCCAGUCCCACCCCGACCUCUCCACCUCGAACACGCCCCCUCGUCAUGGCUCCGCCCACCGCAGGGACCUCAGCCAGGGGGCAACGCUGAGCACAGACAACAUCAGCUGUACAGGCCGAGCAUGCGCCUUCCCAGAAGACACCACACACACUCCACCCGGACAGAGAGACAACACACACACUCCGCCCGGACAGAGAGACAACACACACACUCCGCCCGGACAGAGAGACAACACACACACUCCGCCCGGACAGAAAGCCCGCGUGAAAAAGAAGGCUUCCAAGAGUGGAAGUUACAGGAGGGAUUUACAAGGAGACCUACCGCCCCCCCCAGAGCCCCCCCCUGAGGCCCAGGCAGGGGGGGCCGGGGGUCCCCUAGCCUCCCUGGAGAGGAGAGAACACAGCCUCCUCAGGAAGGGACAGAGAGACCAGGAGGAGGAGGAGGUGUGUGGGAGGGCCACCCAGGGGGGCCGGGGCCCCGCCUCCAGCUGUUCCAACACAGGAAGCUGCUCGUCCAAGGGCUCCAGCGGCUCCCGGGGGCCCAGGAGACGAACCCAGGACAUGAGAUAAGGGGAGACGAAAGAUGUUUUGUAGAAAAAAACACCUUCGCCACUUGAUGCUCCGUCAAUGCCUGUCGCUCUGCCGCUGAAGCUAGAAGAGGAGAGAUUUUCAGGAGGAAUAUUUACCUGCAGCAAGCGAAGCGGCAAGCCUUUCUCUUCUUUUCGAUAUUAUUGCGAUUAUUUAUGACUCAUCCCAAACCUCAUGUGUACAUAUCCAUCUCUGUGCUGUUUCUACGUGGGUUCUGCAUACAAGGAAAGAAAAGUAUAUUGUAUUUAUAAAAGAAAAAAAAACACAAAACAAAUAAAUGUAAAAAGUGUCUAUUACUACGAAAACAUUUCAUGUCUUGAAUGUGCCAACCUCAUAAUUAUUAUUUUUUUGUAGAAAAUGUAAACCUUGCACUCUCGUGUUGUUAUGGCGAGCAACAGAAAACAUGAAGCACAAUGUGUGUGUGUGUGUGAGUGUGAGUGUGAAAGGAACCACACGUGGGUCUGCUCCCCUCUGGUGUGUGUGAGUGUGUGUGUGUGUGUGUGAGUGUGUGUGUGUGUGUGUGAAAGGAACCACACGUGGGUCUGCUCCCCUCUGGUGUGUGUGAGUGUGUGUGUGUGAGUGUGUGUGUGUGUAAGGAACCACACGUGGGUCUGCUCCCCUCUGGUGUGUGUGAGUGUGUGUGUGUGUGUGUGUGUGUGAGUGUGUGUGUGUGUGUGUAAGGAACCACACGUGGGUCUGCUCCCCUCUGGUGUGUGUGAGUGUGUGUGAGUGUGUGUGUGUGUGUGUGUGUAAGGAACCACACGUGGGUCUGCUCCCCUCUGGUGUGUGUGAGUGUUUGUGAGUGUGUGUGUGUGAGUGUGUGUGUGUGUGUAAGGAACCACACGUGGGUCUGCUCCCCUCUGGUGUGUGUGAGUGUGUGUGAGUGUGUGUGUGUGAGUGUGUGUGUGUGUAAGGAACCACACGUGGGUCUGCUCCCCUCUGGUGUGUGUGAGUGUGUGUGUGUGUGUGUGUGUGUGUGAGUGUGUGUGUGUGUGUGUAAGGAACCACACGUGGGUCUGCUCCCCUCUGGUGUGUGUG